GUACGUGCACGCACACACGCCCUCCUCUUUACACGGACAAAUCGCGCUAACGCGCCAGACACACCACAUUGUUUAUGAAAUGCUAUUUUCUAUCUGGGAUCGAUGCUCACAGAUGUAGCCUGUAGCCGGUGUUUGUUUUUAAUUCCUGCUCGUUAUGUAAUUCACACCCUCUCCUUUUGUUUAUCAACGGGACGGUGUGACGUCACGAGCCAGCUCCGGGGGGUCUGAGCGGCUCGCGGGCUGCUGCUCCCAGACUGACGGAGAAAACAAACCGCAGCGCCCACCCUGCUCACCAGGCACAAACGAUGUCCGACGCUGCUAACGCUACUUCUACAGACAACAACGGAGACCCCGGGCUAAACGGGUCCUGGGUGGAGUUGGAGAUGAACAGAGGCACAGCAGGAUCAGCGCAGCCGUCCACCACAGACGGGCCGGCCCCAGGCCUGCUGCCCCUCCCUCAGGUGGAGGAAGAAGAGGCCAUGGUGGGUGGGCUGGAGCACGUCCCAUCAUCGUCUUCGAUCCAUAACGGAGACAUGGAGAAGAUCCUGCUGGAUGCCCAGCACGAGUCGAGUCGCAGCAACUCCUCGUGCGACAGCCCUCCGCGGCCCCACAGUCCCCAGGAUGAUGGACAGAUCAUCUUUGACGUGGAUGUGACCAGCAGAAGAGACAGCCAAUCAGAAGAGGACGUCUUGGACAAGGAGAGGGACAUGGACAUCCUGAUGAAGGACGCAGAUUGGGUUGCUGACUGGUCUAGUCGACCAGAAAACAUUCCCCCUAAGGAGUUUCAUUUCCGUCACCCUCGACGCUCUGUAACACUCAGCAUGAGGAAGACUGGGGCCAUGAAGAAAGGAGGCAUCUUCUCCGCCGAGUUCCUCAAAGUCUUCAUCCCUUCGCUGCUACUAUCACACAUCGUGGCUCUGGGACUGGGAGUCUACAUCGGAAAAAGGUUGACCACGCCACCCACCAGCUCCUUCUGAACCUGACACAUGGAGAAAAGUGCCUGAGAAGUGGCCACGAGUUGUUGAGAAAGUUUUGCUGUCGUGAGAAGAACGCCCGUCUCUCCUCGCUCUGUCCCGCCUGCCCCUGCUUUCCCCCCCCUCGUUCCUGAGAUAUGACAUGUUCUCAGGAGAAAUGCAUCUGUCUUUUCCUCUCUCUAUCCCCUUCCCCAACUUUCCCUUUUUUUUCUUGAUCAAUGUUCUCUCGACUGUCUGUAGAUACCCCCUCUCUCCCUCCUCAUACCCUUCACUCAUUUGUAUAAGCUUUUCAAAGAAUGAAUAAGGUCAUAUUUUCCCUUUUCCCCCAGCAAUUUGGGUUUCAGUGUUUCUAACGGGUGGGCUUUCAGGGAGGGUCACAGCAUCAUACUAAACUCUUUCCCUUUGAUUAUCUGACAACAAGGGAGGACUGCCCAGUUUUAGAACUGACCACAGAUUGUGCCACAUACACAAGUAGCCCAGUGCUCGAUCUCGGAAAGGGUUCGACCAAAUUCAGAGUCGGCUACGCAAACUGAAAAAGUGAUCAUGCCUUUAUGAAAGUAGCCAUUUUGUUCAUUAUCUUUAGGUAAUAUCGUUUUUUAAAAUUUAUUUUACAACAAUGGUGGUUUAUUGUGAAGUUGUAAUGAUGAAAGGAGUUACCAUAGUGGCCAUCCCAAACCACAAGCACUCAUGAAUUGCACUGGGAGGGGAGUCUCCGGCUCCACGGUGUGCCAGAUGAGAGAGAUUUAUGUGACAUUUUCUUUGAUGAAAACUAAGAAUUCUAUUCAGUCCUGCAUUUAAAUGAAUAUUUUUGCAAAGUGACAAUAACUGGAAACCAGGGUGUCGCUGUGUGUUGUCCUCGUCCCUCUCAGUGUGUACACUAACAGUAAUUUUGUGGUUGGGUUUCGGGUAACAGCGCUGCGUGGUUCAGAAAUGUUCAGUCGUCUUUCCAAACAGUCCACGUGGUCCUUCCAGUGAGCCUCCUGGUUUGUCUGCAACAUAUUGUAAAGCUGAGUUGGGCAUGAGCGGUCAGUUCACACUUACUUUUACUCCAGAUGGGGCUGGAUAUUACGUGGUACUCUGCUGAUUGUUUCAUAUAUUUUUAGAUAUUUAAGGCAUCAAAAAAGAUUUGAUAUAAGAAGACAGCCUAAUAUCAUAAGAUUUGAAAUGGAGAAAUUGCUUUUGUUUGCUUGAAUUGUGACAUUUUAUUUUUUAAAAAUCUUAAAAAAAGGUAAAUGAAGUAUUAACUUGAAACAUGUGACUUGCUUCGGAGAUAUUAGUUUGAGUAGAAUUGUUUUUAAAGCAGCUGUCUUUCAGAAAGAUGUCCAAGUGGUAGCCAGCCCUGCAUUCUAACACUCCAACAACACUUUGCCAAAACGUUCACAAAACAAGCAGAAAUAAUUAAUCAAGCUGCAGAUGAAAGAAUCUGAUUCCAGGGUCUGUGUGAGUAUAGACAGGCAGAAGGUACUAGGUGAUCCUCACUGUGAUAUUUGCUGGAGUGACACGGCAAACGUGCAGCAACUUCCACUCGACUGAAGAGGGGUUUGUUUUUAUCGAACAAGACUCUAGUUCAUGCAUAAAUGCAGGUACUUGAAUAACAUGAUUGCUUGACCGCAGUAUCUCUGAGGCUGGACUGUGGUCAGUUUUGUCCCAAGUGGACCUUCCGUAGCCAGACUUGGGUCAAAUGAUAUUCGAUUUAGAAGUCCAGAUUCCAAGGAAGAUGCAGUUUUUCUUCCACUAACUGGUUUGUUGCUGACUACUUGUACAUGAUGAGUUCAAGUUUUAAAGGUGAACAUUUAAAGGGGAACCAGCGGGGUGACAUUUUUGACAAACACAAAUGGAAAUGCAGUCAGAUUUUUGCUAGAUGACAACAAAAUGGACGAUGCUUUGUUGCCUUUUCAAAAAAAAAAAAGCUUCUCCAUGAAAGAAUUCAGCUGCAAACACUAUUUGACCCAGCAGGUGGACUCGCGAUGUGUUAUCUUUUUGUUUUACCUCUUAUGACAGACUCAUGAACUACCAACAGUGACUGUUGUAUCGUCUCCAUCUCAGCCUGCACUGUUGUUUAGUGCGACAUUCGUCUCUGCCUGUGUUUGUACAUGCAGCAUUUGACAGUGACAUUUCGGAUUGUUCUUUCCUGUUUUGGUUUGUUUUGAGUUGUUCGUUUUUUUUGUUGUUGUUGUUUUUGUUUUUUCCUGAAGAUUGUGAACACACAGAGUGGAAGUCGAAUUUAAAAGUGUGAGAAUAUGAACCGUCUGUUGUUGAUGGCAGGGCCUAAUAGGAUAUGGAAGGUGUGGAAAGAGAUUUCCCUCAGACGAUGGUCUAACAGUAGUUAUUGUAAUGAUGCAUUUUGCUUGAUUUUUCUUUUUCCCACUACAUUUGGAAAAAAAAAAGAUAAACAUUUUGUCAUUAAAGAUUACCUGAAUGAAGCGA